CGUUCUCUAGUAUCUACAUGCUUCAACGACUCUCUGAGAAUGUCUCCUCAUCUCUUGGUCUCGAUUUCGUUCCUCCUCCUGCUUGCUGCAAAUGCAAAUGCCGCAAGUGAUAGUACUCUGGAGGGGGAUGCAGGGAUCCGAAUGUUUGGCGACGUCGACUCUGUCCCCAAAUCCAUCGACUGGAGGACUUUGGGGGCUGUCACACCUGUGAAAGAUCGCAAAGGAUGCCAGAAUGGUAGCUGGGCUUUCGCGGCGGCAGAAGCCAUCGAGGGAAUCAACAAGAUUGCAACUGGAGUUUUGGUGGAGCUGUCGGCGCAGCAGCUGCUGGAUUGCUCCCGGAGCUAUGGCACCAAUGGCUGCCACAACGGCUUUCCCCAGAACGCAUUUGAGUACCUCGUCGAAACAGGCAAUGGCCUCUCGAUCGCAUCGGAUUACCACUUCACAGGUUUCAAUGCCACCUGCCGAAAACAUAACCGCUACUCCGUCGGCAUUGACGACUUCGACAAUCUCUAUGGCUCCAGCGACGACACGGACAUGGUCGCGCAGGUUGCCAAGCAGCCCGUGACAGCUCUAAUCGAUGGCAAUGCGCCGGAGUUCCUUCGCUACAAAGGGGGGAUUUACAAGGGCCCAUGCAAAGAUGACCAGGCAACUCCGUAUCUAGCAGUGCUCAUCGUCGGCUACGGAUCCGAAAACGGCCAGGACUACUGGAUCAUCAAAAACUCGGCGGGGACAAGCUGGGGAGAGCAAGGCUACAUGAGGCUGCAGCGUGGAAACCAUGGUCUUCCACUGGGUCGAUGUGGAGUGAAUGGCUUCGUCUACUUUCCCGUCAAACAGAAGCUACCACCGUCUCCACCACCGCCAUCUCCACCACCGCCAUCUCCGCCGCCACCCUCUCCAAGACCGUCGCCCCCGGUUCCGUGCAGUAAAAGGAUUAGCUGCAGGUCGUUGUUUCCAACCUUUGCGUGCUGCCCUCCCAGGGCCAGACCCUGCUGCUGCCCCUGGUGGAAAAGAUGUGGUGAGUAUGGAUGCUCUCUUUAAACACGUACGUGUAUAAGAGCACGAGAGACAUUUCAGCAUCUUAAAUAUCGAGCCUUCCCUUCAAAAGGUCUGGUGGCAUGACUUCUGCUAUGUCAUGGUUCCUUCAGACUUCAAAUGUGUUUAAAUCAGCAAAAUAGGCUUCGGGUUAUCUUUUUCUAA